GCAAAUAAGCAAGGAAUAAAGAAAAGAAAAGACAGCAGCAAAAGAAAAAAAACACCCCAAAAAAAACCCUCUGUUUCUUCUUCUCCAAGGCAGGUCUCUAUACUUUUUCUGUUUAGUUCACCAUGGAUUUGAAGAUCUCCUGCGUUGUCCUCGUUGCUGCUGCCUGCAUGAGUGCAGCUGUGGCCAACACUGGGGCUCCUGCUCCUGUUCCUAAUUCCUCCAUAACCAUGCCCAUUGUUGGGUGCUUGGUUGGAGCCUCCUUUGUUUCUUUCUUUGCUUACUAUUUGCACUAAGCUCCACCUGGAAAAGAACAAAGUGUCCUUUGUUUCUAUAAUGUCAAUGAUACCAUGGAAGUGGUUUGUUCCUUAAUUUCACAGUUUUUCUACUUGUAAUUAAGUGGAGCAAUUGUA